CAAAAAAUGCCUCUACACUCUCUCCCUAAAGAGAUCCUUGACAACAUUCUAUCUCGCAGAGCUCACGAUCUUAGAAAUCUAUGGAGCUGCAGUCUCGUCUCUCGUAAAUUCUGGAAGCGACAACAUCUAUCUUGUAUUCUAACCUUGAUGUAAGAGUCAGAUCUCAAUGGAUCAAGGGCAAAUGGCAACUACAAAAGUCCAACGGAAUUGCACUGGUGAACGCUCUUGCUUCAAACCCGGCACUGGGCGCAGAGGUCCGAACCCUAUGCGUCUUCUUUCCAAAGGCACGCGAUGAAACGAGAGAUGAGCGAAUGGCUUUCGGCGAGGAGAAUGGAGCACAAGCAGCGUGUAAUAUACCGUUCUUGAGAAAAGCUGUACUCAUGGAGAGUGGGCUCACUCGCCACGUCAUGAAUAACCUGACAGCAUACUCUCAACUCACAGAGCUCUCUCUUCGGCUCGGACUUGACUUCCAUCAAUGGAACAAUGCAGCCAUACCCCUGAAGAAGCUCAAGUGGAUGUUUCUAAUCGACAUUGCGGAAGAUGGUAGUACUACCGACUGCUGGAACACCGCUACAACCAUUCUCAACUUAGCUAGUACUGUAUUUCCGGAUCUGGAGCACCUCGAUAUUUCGAACUGUAAGAGAAAGAAGUCCGAUACGACUACCCAAUACAUUUGCCGCAGAGUACUCGACGACAGACAAACCGGAUUUCUGCCACGAUUACAGUCUUUUCGGUAUCAGGGAGAAGUCAUUGGUGAUCUUGAGCUCGAGUCCGUAUUAGAAUUUGUUAGACGAAAUGGUGAUACAUUGACUUCCCUCGACUUAGCCUUCGAGUUUGGAUUCUUGGAUGGAAUAAUGAUGGACUACCUUUUGCAAGGGGUUGUAACGGCACCAAAACUGAGAUCUUUGGCAAUGCCUGGUAGGUAUCGGAGGC